AUGAUCCUUCUCUACAAAUCAUGCAAAGGUACACCGGCCGCCCAUCUGCCUACUACAAAGAGAGCCACCACCGACUCCGCGACGCCGUCCGAACGUGGUGUGAAGAAGUACAUCCACCCUCCCACUCAUCCCACACCACCCCCUAACACUCCCCAGAACAUCGAACAACACACCGACGCCUGGAAUGAAGCCGGCCGCGUCGACCCCGAAAUCUACACCAAAUGCGCCCAAGCCGGCCUCCUCGUUCCCAUCGCCUUCGGCAAAUCCAUCCCUCCACAAUGGUCCAAAUACCCCAUCAUCGGCAACAUCCCGCCGCAGGAAUGGGACGGGUUCCACGACUUCAUCCUGUGGGACGAAUUGAUCCGCGCGGGCGGGCUGGCGUCAAUAUUCAUCGGACUCGUAGUCGGCGCUCCACCCCUCUUGAAAUUCGCAAGCCAGAAUCUGCAGGACAAGAUAUUCCCCGAGAUACUGUCGGGCGAGAAGAGGAUCUGUCUGGCGGUGACGGAGCCGGAUGCGGGCUCAGACGUGCGCAAUAUCAAAACUACCGCAGAGAAGACGGCGGAUGGGAAACACUAUGUGGUCAACGGCACAAAGAAAUGGAUCACAAACGGUAUGUUUAGCGAUUAUUUCAUGACCGCCGUGCGCACCGGCGGCCCUGGCGCAUCCGGCAUCUCCAUGCUGCUCAUCCCGCGCGCCUCGGGCCUGAAAACCCGUAAACUGGACGUCAUCGCUGGCCCACUGAGCGCAACCACGUACGUGACGUUUGAAGACGUGUACGUCCCCGUGGAAUUCCUCAUCGGCAAGGAAGGCGAGGGCUUCAAGCAAACCAUGGUCAACUUCAACCACGAGCGGCUGUGGAUCGCGUUCCAAGCCAUCCGCGGCUGUCGCAUCGCGCUGCAUGAUGCGUGGCAGUGGGCGAUCAAGCGCGAGGCGUUUGACAAGACGCUUAUCGAGCAACCUGUUGUGCGCAACAAGUUUGGAAACAUGGGGCGCCAGGUUGAGAGUCUGCAGGCAUGGGCGGAGCAGAUCAUCUAUGAGCUGGAGAAGCUGAGUGACGCGGAUGGUGCGCGGUUGUUGGGGGGCACGACGGCGCUGCUGAAAGUGGAGAGCGGGAUGGUUUGUAAAUAUGUCGCGGAGGAGUGUUUGAAGAUCAUGGGUGGGCUGGGAUUGACGAAGACGGGGCAAGGGGCGAGGAUUGAGAGUUUCUAUCGCGCGGUGCCGAGUUUUGUGGUUCCUGGGGGUUCGGAAGAUGUCCUUAUUGAUCUAGGCGUGAGGGAGGCGUUGAAGAUACACAAGCAGGCGGAGAAGGCGAAGGGGGCGAAGCUGUGA